UUCUCAAGAUGCUACACAAAACCAGUUCCUCGCCGAAAGUCUACAGUUGAGCGUCGUUCAAAAGAAAAGAUGAAGCUUCGAGGAUUAUUUUGGAUUUUGGUUACCUACCUAGUAGGAACUUCAUCUGCUCGCGACUACCAGUGCUCCUUGCAGGAGAACCAACUGUGCAUCUUCCGUUCCGUUCAACUAAGCUCAGCAGAUCAGCUGAAUCAGGUGACCUUUUCGAGUGCAGGAAGUUCCCCACGAAAUGUCAAAUUCGAGUCGUCGUCUAUGGUGUCGAUCCCAACAGCAGUUUUCAAAAAGCUGUCCAGCGUGGAAACAUUCGACGGUGGCAACAGCGGCAUCAAGAAUCUCAUGAGCAGCACCUUUAUGGAUGCUUCCAAGUUGAGAGAGCUGAACUUGACUAACAAUAAGAUUUCUCUACUGCGCAAUGAUCUGUUCGUGGGAGCUACCAAGCUCAACGUGCUGGAUUUUUCCCAAAAUAGUAUCAGUGAAGUGCAGGAAAACGCCUUCAACGGUUUGAAGCAGCUGAAGGUCAUGAAGCUGAACAACAACCAAAUCGCAAACCUUUCUCCGAACGUGUUCAGUAAGAAUACCGCAUUAGAGGAGGUCGAUCUUCACGGAAAUUCGUUGUCCAAGCUUGACGACGCCCAGUUUGCGGCUUGUUCCGAUCUGGUCGCCCUCAACGUAUCCCACAAUGCACUUCAAAAGUUUGAUCUGAGACAGUUCCUGCGAGAUUGGUCUGUCGAUUCCAUCGACGUGAGCUUCAACCGCCUCAAAGCGGUCAGCAUUCCCAAGAACCUGCGCAAGUUGGUGGCAUCGAACAACCAAAUCCAGAUGGUCGAAUCUCUGGGCAAGGACCCUUCGCUCAUCUUCCUGAGACUGUCCCACAACAAGCUAACCAGCGUAGAUCAAGUCCCAAGUUUCAACAAACUAAUCACCCUAGACCUAUCCUACAACGCGAUUGAAAGCUUCGACUUCAGCUCGGUUACCAAGUACCGAAACCUCAUCCUGCUCAAGCUCGACGGAAAUCGCAUCUCCACCAUCACAAACAGCCUGACCAGCGAUUGGACCUACCUGAAGUACGUGCACCUCUCCCACAACCAGCUAACCCGGCUGGACAUGGACGUUCUUAGAACGCUUCCGAGGAUCAUCACCCUAAACCUGAGCCACAACAAGCUGACGGAGUUUAGCGCUAAAAAGCUCAGCGACAAGUUCCCCGUGUUGGUGCGGCUAAUGUUGGAGGGAAAUGACUUCCGGUGUGACAAGAUCGGGGAACUCGUGAAGGAGCUGAAGUAUGCCCCAACGGAGUACAAGAGCACCGCCGAACAGUGCAAAGAGGGAGAACGGCUGCUGGGUGGGAUCUGCUGUAAGUGAGGUGUGAACACUGUUGUUGUUGUUCACUGAAUACA